AUGGAUUAGGCAACAUUUAAGGCAAUAAAAGUGAAACUUACAGAUUAUGAAAUUUUGUAAACUCUGGGCACUGGUUCGUUUGGCAGAGUCAGAUUGGCUAAGAACAAAGAAACUGGGGAGUAUGUCGCAUUGAAAAUGUUGAAGAAAGCCGAGAUUUUGCGAUUAAAAUAGGUAGAUCACAUUAUAUCUGAAAAUACAAUCUUGUCUAAUAUAAGUCAUCCCUUCCUAAUUAAAAUGUUAGGAUUUACAUAGGAUGAAAGAUAUCUCUAUUUCCUUCUGGAGUAUGUUCAAGGUGGUGAACUCUUCACUUACUUAAGAAACAAGGGCAAAUUGGAGAAUGAUGAAGCAGUAUUUUAUGCGUCUCAAGUUGUUCUUAUGUUUGAAUAUUUACAUUCCAAAAAUAUUGUUUAUAGAGAUCUUAAGCCAGAGAAUCUCUUGAUUGGAUCUGAUGGUUAUCUCAAAUUAACCGAUUUCGGAUUUGCAAAAUAAGUUGAAGGUCGAACCUACACUUUAUGUGGCACUCCAGAAUAUCUGGCUCCUGAAAUUCUUCUCAACAAAGGUCAUGGAAAACCAGUUGAUUGGUGGUGUUUGGGAAUCUUGAUUUAUGAAAUGUUGGCUGGAAUAGAUCCUUUCAAUGAUGAAGAUCCUAUGGCUAUUUACCAGAAGAUAUUAAAGGGGAAAGUUAAAUUUCCCAGAAAUUUUUAACAAGAGGCCAAAAGUUUAGUCAAGCAUUUGUUAAUUGCAGAUUUGACUAAAAGAUUCGGAAAUCUCAAAGGAGGAGCCAAUGAUAUCAAAAUGCACCGCUGGUUUUAGGCUAUGGAUUGGGAGUUUCUAGUUCAAAAAAAAUUAUAACCCAAAUAUAAGCCAGUAGUUAAGAACAAGGGGGAUACCUCUAAUUAUUCUACUUAUCCUGACAGUACUGAGUUACCUAAACCAGUUAAACCUACUGAUGACCCUUUUAUUGGAUGGUGA